UGCUGACGCGGGGGCGCGGCGGGGCCCGGGGGCGCGCGCCCGGGCGAGCCCCGCGCUGAGCCGCUUCCCAGCCGGCUGUCCGUGCGGCGGCUCCCGGGCGCCUCCUUCGCCAUGUACACCUUCGUGGUGCGGGACGAGAACAGCAGCGUCUACGCUGAGGUCUCCCGCCUGCUGCUCGCCACCGGCCACUGGAGGAGGCUACGGCGCGACAACCCCAGGUUCAACCUGAUGCUGGGGGAGAGGAACAGGCUGCCCUUCGGGAGACUGGGUCACGAGCCGGGGCUUAUGCAGCUGGUAAAUUACUACAGGGGGGCUGACAAACUGUGCCGAAAAGCUUCUUUAGUGAAGCUAAUCAAGACAAGUCCAGACCUGGCUGAGUCCUGCACAUGGUUCCCAGAGUCCUAUGUGAUUUAUCCAACUAAUCUCAAGACCCCAGUUGCUCCAGCACAGAAUGGAAUCUACCCUCCUGUCAAUAGCUCAAGGACAGAUGAAAGGGAAUUCUUCCUGGCUUCUUAUAACAGAAAGAAAGAAGAUGGAGAGGGCAACGUAUGGAUUGCAAAGUCAUCAGCCGGUGCCAAAGGGGAAGGCAUCCUCAUCUCCUCAGAGGCUGCAGAGCUCCUGGAUUUCAUAGACAACCAGGGCCAGGUGCACGUGAUCCAGAAAUACCUUGAGCGCCCUCUGCUCCUGGAGCCAGGUCAUCGCAAGUUUGACAUUAGAAGCUGGGUAUUAGUGGAUCAUCAGUAUAAUAUCUACCUCUACAGAGAGGGUGUGCUUCGGACUGCUUCAGAGCCAUAUCACGUUGAUAAUUUUCAAGACAAAACCUGCCAUUUGACCAAUCACUGCAUUCAAAAGGAGUACUCAAAGAACUACGGGAAGUAUGAAGAAGGGAACGAAAUGUUCUUUGAGGAGUUCAAUCAGUACCUAACAAGUGCUUUGAACGUUACCCUGGAAAGUAGCAUCUUACAACAAAUCAAACAUAUAAUAAGAAGCUGCCUCAUGAGCGUGGAGCCCGCCAUCAGCACCAGGCAUCUCCCCUACCAGAGCUUCCAGCUCUUUGGCUUCGACUUCAUGGUGGAUGAGGAGCUGAAGGUCUGGCUCAUUGAGGUCAACGGAGCCCCUGCUUGUGCUCAGAAGCUUUAUGCAGAACUGUGCCAGGGCAUUGUGGACAUAGCCAUCUGCAGUGUCUUUCCGCCCCCAGAUGCAGACCAGCAGCAGACCCAGCCAGCUGCAUUCACCAAGCUGUGACGAGGGAGGUGCCCAGAGCUGCCGGAGGAAACACGGGGUCCUGCUCCGGGGGUCGGUGAAACGUCUGGAUUGCUCAGUAUAAAGCCACAGUGGCAGAAAGAGAGGCAGCUGGCAAAGAUGUGAUGAAAGAGGCAGUAUGAGAUGAAAAGCAGUUUCUGUGUGGAGUGGCUGCUCUGGGGAUCCCAGGCAGAGCUCUCAGGGCUGCUGUUGAGACUUGGAAACGCAGCCAGUUGCUCUGAGCAGAGAGCAAAAUAUUCUUCUAAGGUGAAGAGACAGCGAUCUGAUGAUUUUAAGUUCCCACGCUUAAAGAAAUCUGACUUUUAUCCUAAGGCAGCCUCGUGCGCAGUGCCUCUCCUGCCCGGGGAUUGCAGACCGCUGGGCCUCUGGUUGGUGGCUAUCCCCUGCUGCAGCCUUAGUGCCUUAGCCCCGUGCCCAGCUGAAACCCUUCUGUCCAAGACAGGCAUGGGGUGUCAUAGCAUUUGGGAGGUCGCUGAUGUGUUCCCCACUUGUCCCCCUCCACGACACUCUGCCCAUGAAACCUGGACGAGCACGCACCAGCAGUCCUCGGUUUGGGGCUGUGUAACGCCUCGCAGCAAAGGGGGGGUUCUUCUCAUCCUGCUCCUGAUGGCGUCCGGCCAGUCAGCUGUCAGGGUUGGUGUGGACUGGGCACCAGAAAGCCAAUGCUGCUCUCUGCAUGUUUUAGGAACCAAGCAGCAAGUUGGCCGCAAACCUGUAAGCAUCAAAUAAGCAUGAGAGAGAAAAAAACACAUCUUCUUUACUUAAUAGUUGGGUGUGGUGGGUCACUGAAAUUAGAUGAUUCUCUUAUCUUUGUUUUAAUCAGAAUUCUACAUGCACUUUUACAAAGUUCCCUUUGUCCCCCACCCCCCCCCCUUUUUUUUUUGUUUUAAUCUUUGUAAAAAUGCCUGUAGGGGUCAGGAGAGGCAGGCUUCCCCUGGCUCCAGGCGGCACUGGCCCAGACACAGAUGGCUCUCCCACAUUUUGUUCCCUUGCUCUCCGGUCACCUUCUGCAGGUUUGGUCCAGGGAGGAUUCUCUGCCUACUUGUGCUUCGACAUCAGGGAGAGGCUCUGAAUGAGUGUAUGUCUUGCCUGGGACAGUCUCCUAAAGUGGGAAAGAAGUGGUUUCAGAGCUCCACACAGCAUCUUGUAAGCCAAUAAAUGUGUCCUGAGGUGUAGUUGCCACUUACUGGAUUGAAGAAUAUACUGUAGACUUUUCAGGAGGUCAUGUCACUAAGCAGGGAAUUUCUGUUCAAUGUGAGCUGAGUGAACAGGUCCUCAGGUGUACCUAGGUUCACAGCAGACCCCUUGAGAAGGUACCCUCCUCCAGGCGUGGUGUGGUGUUCCUUCCUGCCUGUGUGUGCUCCAUUAGUCAUUUCUGUUUGGCACAAGAAAAUGAGUCCUGUAGUCGGGAGACUUUAAGAGACGCAGCAGCCAGCAUGCCGUCAAGCAUGAGAUGGGCACCCACAGCGAAAAAAGGAACAGUACAAAAACUGUUUAGUAGGUGUAGCAAUGGGUGUGGGGUGAGCAGGCGUUUUGUCGGGUUGUUGGAGUGGAGAAAGGCCCAGCAGGGUUGGCUUUUGUGGGAAUUUGGAAUUACAAAACAGAAGACCUGGUGGGUACCCAGAAUACAGAUAAUGAAGUUUGUAUCCAGAGCAAAAUAAAAAAAGUCAGUGGUAAAAAUCAAUCCUGGAGGCAAGGCAGCUGCUGGGUUAGCAUUUGGGAACUUCUGAGAAUAUCAUGGCAAGGUGCACACCCGUUAAGAAAGGUAAGGUGCUGGGUCCUUGGGAAGUCUGUAUGGUCUGGUGAUGGGGAAAGCAGGGAAGCUUCUGUAUUGUUAUGUGAAUGCAGAUUUGUCACAAAUGUUUGGAAUUAAGUUACAGGGACAUCAGAUAGUGUUUCAGUUCUUAUAGUGGCAUAACUAAGAAUUCAGAUGUCAGGAAGUCUGGAUCUCGAUGGAGUUUCUAAGAAAACUGAGUCAAUAGCAUAUAUGAGGGAAGUAAGGCUUUAAAAGAGAGUUAUGCUUCAUUCUGCACAUCAUUUCAAACAAGUCUUAGGCAUUUAUUUCUGAUCAGGUGGGUGGCUGGCUCUGAACCGCUCCAUACCCUUCCGCGAUGUCCUUGGCACAGAUGGUCAUGCCUCACUCGGCAGUCAGUCGUCCUACAUGUAGUCUGUGUACAUGUCACCAGUUGCUGGGGGAGAAGGAGUUACCUAUUUGGAGAUGGUGCUUAUCCAGUUUUGGCUCUCAUUUGGCUGCAGUGUUAGACAAGCCCGCUAACCUCUCUGUGCCUUAGUUUCUAAUCUCAUGGACGACAUGGUUGCCUGACCCAGGGACUACCUCAAGGGCUUUUAGUGAGGGCAGAUGAAAUUAGGAAGAUUCAAGACCCUUUAGUACCAAGGAUUCCAGCUGACCAUAUGCUGGAAUCACUUGGGAAGCUGUAAAAAUGUAAUGAUGUCCCCACCUUCCACCUCUCCCCUGCCCCUGACUGAUUACGUCAGAAUCUCAGGCAUCAGUAUGCUUUGAGAUGCCUUGAACCACUGCUUGAGGAAGAAGGACAAACACAUUAUUACCUUAAAAGAAUCACGCAAAGGCCAGCACUUUCUAAAGACUUCCAUUUGCAAGGACAGGCACUGAAGCACGACCAGAUGUUGGGAGUGCGUCCAUAGUGUGGCAAAUUCUGAGCAGGUUGUCUCCUUGCUUAUCACAGCACAUGCAAACUCAGAAGUGCUUUUGUGUACCUAAGUGGCUGAUGAAGCCUUGAUGGCAAAUGUAAGCAGGAUUUAUCCAUCUGCUAAAUAUGUGCAGAAGUCACUAAUUAUUGAAAGAAAAGCCCCUUCCCCCACACCUAGCUCCUGUGGUAAUUGUCAAGGCCAUUUGACCCAGAAGGUUGAAGUGGCUCAGCAUCUGUGUGAUACAGUGCAGCCGGUGCUGGCAUACUUACCAGCUGACAGGAUGUGACAUUCCACUAGCAAGACCUCAGGAUGUUUAUCACAGACUUGGAUUGUCUGGUCAUGCUGGAAACGUACAGGAUCCACAGAACCGCAAGCAGCAGUGAAGCCUGAGUGUGUCUUCAUGAACAGUGGAGGUGGAGUCAACUAGGGGUGGGCCAGCCCUGUUGUGGGUGUGCUGGGGGCUCUACUAAGAGGACAAGGUGCCAUAGGACAUCCCCUACAGCACGUGAGGACUGUAGAGAAGUCAGGGAUGUGUGUGUGUCUGAUCCUGGACAUCAAAUCUGUACCUAAGAGGAAAUGAAUUCUGAAAUGAAACAAUUUAUGAAUGUUUAAAAUGCCUGGAGCAUUAAAAUAAUGAUAUUUCAA